AUGAGUACCAAUAGGGCUGGCAACUCAGGGCGACGGCCAAGAAGACGAAGUCAAGAAAAUCGAAGGAGAACCCGAUCAUCGUACGAUUGCAGUGGUACGUCAAGCACGGAUUGCUCCGUCGAACGAGCUAAUUGGCGCCAUAAUAAGAUACGCAAGAAGGAUGCGGACAGGAACAGGAAGUGUCUUCCUCAUCAGAAGGUACUCAAACUUCGUAUACAGCUUCAGCAGCUGCUAUCGAAGAAAAUGUGUUCUCAAAGGCAAGCCUUAACCAUACUAGGCCGUUUAAACUUUGCAAACUAUGUUAUUCGUCAGGGGCGCUUGCACUGCCGAAACUUUCAACGACACCUUCGUAUGCUGCGUAAAGCCUAUCCCAGGAGGAAAUAUGUGCUACCAGGGGAAGUACGUACAGAUAUUUACUGGUGGAAACACGCGGUAAGCAAAUGUUCCUUAAUACACUUACCACAGCUUACUCAUCACCUCGUGACCGAUGCAUCCAACCUAGGAGCGAUGCUAAACGAUACUCUAUUAUCGGGCACGUGGGAAAGGAAUCAACAGGGUUGGCACGGCAAUCUCAAGGAAUUGGUUGCCAUACAGAGAACGAUAGAAGCUCGGGCGGAGGACUUAAAAGGCGCCAGUCUAUUAAUACAAUCGGACAAUUUGACUGCAUUAGCAUACCUAAGAAACGAAGGUGGUGUGAAAUCGGAUCGUUUAAUGAAGCAUACUCGCGAGGCUAAUCCUCCGAGUUCUCGGGUUCCUAUAUGGGAUCCUCAACAGGUAGUAUCGUGGCUACAAAAUAAUGUACCCCAAGAAGUAACGUACUUUGAAGCAAGUAGGCGAUGUGCAGUAAUAUUACUGCUUGUGUCAGGUAGACGUGUGCAUGAUCUUACGCUUCUGCGCAUAUCCCCUCAACACUUGGAGGAUAAUUAUACUGAUAUGACAUUAUGGCCUGUAUUUGGUUCAAAGACGGAUACUGCUGAACACCAACAGUCAGGAUGGAAGCUUAAUGUUCAUGAAGACCAGAGGAUUUGUCCAUUAUUU